CGGGCACCAGAGGAAGAUGGCCAUAGCGACAUCCAACCCUUACUCUUGCACCCUAUCAGCUUCGAAGCAAAUGUCAAUCUGCAGAAACUAAUUCUGGAAAUCCACCCUUCAGAAAUGGAUGAUGCUGCACUGUUUGUCCAGAGUGUGCUGCUGCCUCUGCUCAACACAAUAUCAUCAAAAGAUCUCAAGUAUAUCUAUUUCUCCAUACGAGGCCAUUCAGGAUGGGAAACAGAUGCCUUGCUUAAUGCAUUGAAUCCGGAGGUCUGCAUUCAGAUCGAUGAGCUUUUGGCUGAGGGACACUUUGCCGAGCUGCAAGACGUUUCCAUAGACUAUGAUCUAUUCAGUAUUGUGUUGGAUGACUCACAGCGUGUUAGCUUUUCCACAGAGAUCCUUGCCGGUUUUCCUAAACUGAAUAACAAGAACAUGUUGAAUAUUACUUAUGUCGGAGGCCGAUUUCCAAGUGAUGCUGAGAGGGCAUUCAAGACGAAACAACUGGUACAUGAGCAGCCUCGUCCAACCGAGCAAGCUGCCGCAUAGGCAAUUACUGCCUUUGCAGUCAUGCCGUCUCGCCUUCACUUUCCUCUCCAAAUCAACCUGAACGUGCAGCUCCUAUCCCCCCCUCCUUCCCUGGAGAAAUUCCGU